UAGAUGUUUGCAUCGGAGUGCGUAUUUACUGACAAUAUAUCUUACAAAAACACUUGAAUGAAAUAGUGGAUCAAUAAAUAUCAUCAUAGCAUAGUGUGCGUGUUGUGUGCAGCAGAAGAUGAAGUCCUCAAGCUCCGAAUUGGAGUUGGAUCGACCUAAUAUUGAAGAUUAUCUCCCUUCUGAUUCCUUCACUCUCCCUCCUUCCCCCACUCGCCUUCUUCACCUCCGCGAUUUGCUUGACAUUUCACCCACUCUAACUGAGGCUGCUGGAGCUAUUAUCGAUGACUCUUUUACAAGAUGUUUCAAGUCUAAUCCUCCAGAACCUUGGAACUGGAAUAUAUAUUUAUUUCCAAUGUGGUGUUUGGGGGUGGUAAUCAGAUAUGGGAUACUUUUCCCUAUACGGGUUAUAGUAUUGACCAUAGGAUGGAUAAUAUUCCUUUCAUCCUACUUCUCUGUGCAUUUCCUAUUAAAAGGGCAGGAGAAGUUGAGGAAAAAUUUAGAGAGAAGUCUGGUGGAGUUAAUUUGCAGUUUCUUUGUUGCGUCCUGGACUGGUGUUGUCAAGUACCAUGGUCCACGACCUAGCAUUCGACCAAAGCAGGUUUUUGUAGCCAAUCACACAUCAAUGAUUGAUUUCAUCAUUUUAGAGCAGAUGACUGCUUUUGCUGUUAUCAUGCAAAAACAUCCUGGUUGGGUUGGACUAUUGCAGAGCACCAUUUUGGAAAGUGUAGGAUGUAUUUGGUUCAACCGAACAGAAGCAAAAGAUCGUGAAAUUGUAGCAAGAAAGUUAAGAGAACAUGUGGAAGGGGCAGACAAUAACCCACUUCUCAUAUUUCCUGAAGGAACCUGUGUAAAUAAUCAUUACAGUGUCAUGUUUAAAAAGGGUGCAUUUGAACUUGGCAGCACCGUUUGCCCAAUAGCAAUCAAGUACAACAAAAUCUUCGUAGAUGCCUUCUGGAAUAGCAGAAAGCAGUCUUUUACGAAGCACCUCUUGCAGCUUAUGACAUCAUGGGCAGUUGUAUGUGAUGUAUGGUACCUGGAGCCCCAAAAUCUGAAGCCUGGAGAGACACCCAUAGAGUUUGCGGAGAGGGUCAGGAAUAUCAUUUCUACGCGUGCAGGCCUUAAGAUGGUUCCGUGGGAUGGAUAUUUGAAAUAUUCUCGACCUAGCCCCAAGCACAGAGAACAAAAGCAGAAAAGCUUCGCCGAAUCGGUGCUCCGCCGCUUGGAACAAAAAUAGAACAUUUGAAUAGCAAUAUUUAUUAAAUGUACCUGAUAAUGUAAUAAAAAAGAUGUUUUGUAUCAAACACUGAUCUUUUAUUCGAAUUAAAUGGAAUCGUCAAGGUUGCUUGUGGAAUGUAAA